AUGGCUUUGAAAUACACCGCAAUACUUUUCACCAUCUUUCUUUUAUUCGUCAUUCAAAAUGCUUCAGCUGACAUAAAGAUGAUGCAAGUAGCUUUUGUAGAAACUUUAGCAUCAAAAGAAUCCAUCAUUUGUUGUCCCAAAGGAAAAUCCAACACAGCAUCUCUCACAGUAUCAAAAACACAACCCGGAUCAAACUUAAAAAACGUUAAAAACAAUGAUUGCACCAAGGCAAAUGACGUCAAAGUCAAUGGUGAGGGCAUGGGUGACAGUGUAUUAACAGCAGUUGUCAUACCCCAAGAUGAAUUAGAUCAAAAACGUGCAAGUGGCGAAGCAAUUAAUAACGACAGUGUUGGUUGUGAGACUCCUACCGAAUUCUGUAUGCAAACUGAUUCAAUGAAAUCAGAUAAUAAUUGUAUCGUCAUAACAAACGUCAGUAAUAUGGAUUCUCAGAUUUCAUGUGAUUCUUCCAUGUUUAACCAAUAA